UUUGGCUGAAGCGUAAAAGCUCCUCCACAUUCCCAGCUCUGCCUCUCACUCACUCGCUCUUCCAGGUACACGCCCUUUGACUUGUCAGGGGGAAAAGUUUUAAGGAAAGAAAAAAAAAGAAAAGCCAAAUCACGGAAGAGAUUCUGUAGUCCUACUAGUUUGGCAAGUUCCGUGCGCGCAAAGCAGCGUUAAAAAGGCGGAGAAGAAAGCAGAAACUCACAACUGUGCGCAUUUAUUACACUGCCCUUGUCCCGCAGACGAGUUUACGAGAGGAGUCAUGGAGGAUGCUAUUCAGACCCUGGUGAAGGUCUUCCUGAAGUCGACCAAGGGAAAGGAGAAUCUAGGGAAGAAAGAAUUCCAUGGUCUCGUCAAGUCCCAGCUCAGCAACAUCCUGUUGGACGCAGGGAAGAAGAAGGCGGUCAACAACAUGGCUCAGGAACUGGAUGAAAACCACGACGGCAAGGUCGGCUUUGAGGAGUACAUGAAGCUGGUCGGCUACCUGGCGGUCUCGCUCAGUGACCAGCGAACCCUCGCUAAAGAGGAACCAGCCCAAAAUGCUGCUUCCGGACAAGUGGCACAAAGCGCCCCCGACAAAGAGGAGGAGAAGCCGGAGGCGACCGCAGAGGCUACGGAGGAGGCCAAGCCUGUAGCAAAUGAAGAGGCAAAGGCAGGUGCAGCUGCUGAAGUGAAGGUAGAAGCAAACGCGGAUGCAAACCUAGAAGUAAAGGUAGCAGUAAAAGAAGAGGGAGAGACGCAGCCUGAUGUCGCAAAGGAGGAGCCAGCGGUGGUGGUUGGGCCUGCGGCUGCGGUGCCGGCAGUGGCGGCGGCUGGGCCUGCGGCUGCGGCUGCGGCGGUGGCAGCGGCGGUGACAGAAGCAGGAGAGGCUCCAGCUGCAGAGGUGGCAGCAGCUGCCGUGGAGGUGGUGGUGAAAGAAGAGGGGAAGAUGGAGGAAACGGUGAAGGUGGGAGAGGUUGUAGAAAAGGUUGCUGCAGCAGUGGAGGAGGAAGUGGAGAAGAAGACAGAGGAGGCGACCUCAUAGGGGACAAUCCACAACAAAAAACACAACACACACAUACACAAAACAUAGCAUUAACGUUGCCAAAAAUAAGUUUAUAAGCCACUAAUGAUUUUUUUUAAAUACUCACAACUUUGAAAUACAAAAGUUGUAGUUCAAACACUACCCACCCAACUCUGAAGAAACCCCCUCCCUAUUCAUGAUAAAUAACACAUGUACAUGAAAGAGUAGAAUUAUUGCUUUAUAUUCCUAGUUACCACUAUGUUCCUAUGUACAGCAUGUGCAUCCCACUAUAUUAAAGCACAUUUACCUCAUCAUGACAAUAUACUAUGUUUGCAUGCAGACGUACAUGAUCUUGUGCAUGCCAGAUCCCUGUGAAAACUUUACUGAAAGUAUGAAUUUCCCUGCACAUGAACGCACCGCUGCAGACAAGAGGCUCAGUUUAGAUCACGUCCUCUCCUCACUUAUGACUCUUCUUCCACAGUUGUGUCAUGCAGCCCUACAUCAAUUUCUGUUCAGUCUUCCGGGUAUAAUAUCACAAGUAUACAUCUUGCUAGGUACUAAUGGCUUAAAGAAAUAGUUUGACAUUUUUGGGAAUGGUGCUUAUUAGCUUUCUUACCCAGGCUAUUGCAUACGAAGUUACAGCCAGCCGCUGCUUAGCCUAACCUAGCAUACAGGCUGGAAACAGAGGGAAUCCGCUACUGAAUCGAUAAAUCUUUCUUAUACUUUGGAAUUUCUCUACGAUUUAACCAAACACGAUAUUGUGAGCUCCACAGCUGCUGGAGGGCAGCACGCUGUUUCCCACUGUUUCCAUUCUUUAUGCUAAGCUAAGCUAUCUAGCUACUAAGCACAGUUUCAUAUUUACUGGACAGAUAUGAGUGUGAGGUAUCAAUCUUCUCGUCUAACGCUGGGCAAGAACGCAAACCCCAAAAUCUUAAACUAUUCUCAUAUUGGUUGCAUGAAAAUCUGUCAGUAACGCUUAAUCAUUUUUUUAACGUUCCCAUCUUUUAACUCACAGUGCUAUGGAACUGAUUUGGCAUGACAAUAAACAUAUUGUUUUGCUGAAGCUUUGCUCAUCUUAAUUGUGUACUCCAUCACACCCUCUUCUUUCUCUCUCUCUUUUAUUCUACUUUACGGGCUCUUUGUCUCUUUUCAUUUUUACUCUGUAAGAGUUUAGCUUCAUCUGGAGCCGACGGUAUAUUCCCCUCACUCGUAGUCGGCCAUCGAUUAGGAACUGGAAGAUCAGGCGUGGCCCCCUGGCUAAAUAAUUAAGGUUCGAGGGAUAGAAUACAUAUCAAAGAACCAUUAGGGUCAAAAAGGAGCCUAAGCUGGUCCCAUGGGAGUGAGCUGGUCACUGGAGGAGCAGGUCAGAGAAGGUGUUCAUGCAACUUAAUCCACAUUGGUUAGAGCUAGUGGAGAAGAAAAAGAUAACAAACACCAAGAAGAAAAGAAACCCUUAUCAGUUGUCACCUAAUGGCACUUUUUACCUUUAUGAUAUAGUGCAUAUGUGGUUAUUGUAGCGCUAUUAUGGUCAUAUUCUACUUCCUGACCUGUAAAGGUGCUGGUCUGUAGAGGUGUAGCACUGGAUUGGGAGUCUUCUCUUUAGGCUCUGUUCAAAAUAGUUGCUGCUUGUUUUCCACUGGCCGUUCAGGCUUGUGUGUUUAUCAGCCACGCCCUGCAACAGUGUAGAGACCCUGUCUGACAAAAGCAACUGGAUCCUUUAGUCUGACACGUUGGGAAACUGCUGGAUUAGGCAUUUGAUGUGAAACACACCCUGUGACACAAUUAUUUCUCCACUGAUCCUGCCCAUUAGACGAGGUGCUAAGUGUCAGAGGUGGGGCUGUUUGUGUGAGUAAAACAGAAUACUGAGCCAUCAGUCUGAUUCGAUGUGGUGUUAUCUUUUGUACGGCAGCCUAAUGAUAAGAUGUUGCAUGCUAUCAGAAAUUAAAUAUUACCAUUGUAUUUACCAUUACUGGGGCCAUUAUUUAAGUUCUACAUGGCCGCUUUAUAUUUAACUUUUUAAUCUAAUUCUUUCUUGUUUGGACCACUAUGGAGAUCACUGGAAACAUAGAUCUAUGUCACAUUACAUGCAAUUUGUUAAUUACAAUUUAAUGAUUUGUAAAUUGUCCCCUCAUCAAUAAUGCAGUCAUGAGAAAAAGGCUCGUGUUGCAGGAUUGCUAUAUCAUAGGUCUACCUGGCCAGCCACGUAGUGGCACACACACGUUUUUGUCACACCAACGGAUGUGGUAACAGCAGCAGACACUUCAAACUGUUCGGCAGCAAAAUGGUCAAGACAAAUAAAGUGAGUCAUGUGAUUUGCCUGCUUCGCUGCGACACUCCCAUUGUAAAUACUCUUUUGUUUACACUCGCUCUGCUCAGCCUGUAUACACUCGUACUGUAGUUUGCUAUGUUUCCUGCAUGAUCUGCUACUAACAAACUUAUUAAGACAUUUGGGGCAAUUUAGUCUUUAUCAUUAGUUAUUUUUUUAUUAAAAGCUAUAUUCUUUUUUAUAUAAAAACAUUUUCUAAUCAUGGUACUUCCUGUGAAUUAUGGAGACAUAUCACUCUCUUGCACCAUCUACAGCCAGUUUCCUGUUCAGCAUGUAUAUGGUCCUCGGCCGUUGCAUGUUUAAGUCAUACGUGUAUAGACACAUUGCCAAGCUGCACACAUUGUUUUCUGCUUCCCAGCUCAGGCCAGGCACAUUUAGGCAGAUUGUAUCACUUCUCUACUAGUUUAAAAUGUGAUCUUUGCCUUCUUUCUAAGCCAAAACCAUGAUAAGACGAAACUGGAUCAAGCGAAAUUCACUUGACUAAUGACUUGCACUAACAACAGACCUGGGUUAAACAUCAUCUGGAAAUUGUUUUAUGUCGGCAAAUGUUUUCUUUGAAUCGGAGACGGAGUGAGCCCUGAGCGCCGCAGCUCUGAACCGUCUCCAUUGGCAGUUUUGCUGCUUGUCCCUUAGUGUAAACCGCACCCAGCUUUAACUCCAUGCAGAUUAAAAACAUGCUGGAACCAAACACAGCAGACUUGCGGCAGGGAGUGUUCGCAGCCAGAUUUCUCAUUGCUGCACAAUACGUCUCAUUCAUCGAGACACAGUAGAUGAACAUAAAAGCCCUUGCUGAUAAUCCCCCCAUUGGAUAUAAUAAGUGUACAUACAAGUAUAUUGACGUGCUCUUCAGGCUCAUUUGUUUGGAAUGUUUGUGACUAUGGGACCAUUCCCAGGAUGUUGUGCAGGCUUUCAUCAUUGUACUUCGAUUUACUCGUGUUUAUUUGCUGCCAAGCAUGAGAGGGCGUGUGUGUUUAGCAAUUGGACUCGUUUCAGUCCACUUGUCAAUUCCAGCAAAGUCCACUCUGCUCGUAUUUCAUCUUCAUAUGUAACGCUGUAUCAUUUUUUUGCUUAUUCUCUGUAACAUGUAAUGGCUAAAAUUGAAUAAAACUGUGACAACUAUA